AUGAAUGUCAUUCAACUUAGUGAUUUGGUUGCUUAUUUGAAAACAUUUAUUAUCGAAAUUUCACCAGAAUUUCAAUUGUUGAACAAUCUUAUUGAUACUAAAUUACCGACCAUGGUUGAUAUAUUACCAGCACAAUAUGGUGAUGAAAUGAAAGGCAGCAGUCAAGCAUUUGGAUUACCAUUGGAUGAAAUUGUUUUAUACAAUAUUUUUUAUGAAAUUUCAUCCUUAGGUACAUCUGUUGUGGGACAAGAUCAGUAUGGCAAUAUCUUACAUGGACAAAAUCUUGACUUUGGAGGAGCUAUGGAUUGGGAUAAGAUAAAUAAUACUUGGACAUUAACAGAAACGUUACGUCCACUAAUGGUUCAAGUCAAUUACACACAAAAUGGUUAA